UUGUGAUCCUUCCUUUCCAAGGCUGUUUUUCUGUAUAAAUGGCGGUUCUUCGAAUGGUUUGUCGACAGUAUCCAAAGAGGGACCCCGCCACUCACUCACUCAUACAUCAUGAAGGUCGCUGUAAGUUCAUAUAAGUCUAAAUCUCUACAAAGAUCGACCAGAAUGAUUUACAUAGUGAUUAUCCUGUGCCUUUUGGCCGUUGCCUUGGCAGAACCUGAGGCCAAUCCACAGGUGCUGGCCGGUCACCCACUGCACUACAGCCAUCCCUACGGAUUCCCACUCAUCCACAACCAGGGCCUACCCCUGACCUACAGCAAUCGAUUCCCACUCACCUACGGCCACGACCUCCCUCUCACCUACAGCAACAGAUUCCCACUCCAUUACAACCAUGGGCUCGGGUAUCCCUUCGGCCCUAACUUCUACCCAAGAGGAGUACCAGCAGCUGCAAAGGAAUAAAGACCUGAAUGAAAUCACUCGUCAAGUGGCGCCCUUGGAAUCACAACGUCGCAGUCCCUCCUGAAGGUGGUUCAUGUUGUUUAGAUUAAGCUGGCCUUAUGCCAGCACGGGUUCUUGCUAAUAGAGCAGCCCGUGAAGGUGGUUAUGAAUUACAAAUUAACGAAAUGUUAUUUCAGGCAUUGUCUUUAAGUGGGUAUUAACCAAGGGUUCAUCAGAUAUUGCGUAAAUAAUAUUUCAGGUAUAAAUGAUGCAUCUUCUCCCUUAAUAUAAUCUAUUAAAUAAAGCACUACUUAA